UCCGCUUCCUUUCGGCCUCGUUGUGUUUGGUUCCACCGGCUUGUUGCGGGGAGGGCGGGGGAAGAUUGUUUGCGGUGGUAGAGCUCUGCGCACCAGAAGGUAAACUGAGCUCCCUGAAGACUCUCAUCCCGCAGCCUCUGCUCAGGCCCUGCCUUCUCUCUCCAGUUGCCACCACAGCCUGGAGGCGCCUGCCUCCGCCCUCCCGAAUGGUGCUCCUCCUCGCAGGCCUCGGCCCAGGAUCCAGGCCCCCUCUGCCCCCUUCCUCGGAGCUGUUGCUCUGGGUCUCUCCUGGUGGACUCCCUCUAACGGGAAGGGAAGGACUUUUGCACACACAAGGCUGUAACUCUAGGAACCCUGCCGACAACUUGAAUCUCAGCCUCUAACCCAGUGUGAGGUUCUUCCUGUGCCCGCUUUUUUUCCACCCUUUGAGAAGAGAAACACUUCUUGCAAACUAGAGCCCAGGAAGCCCCAAGCUGGGGCCCUGGUCCCAGCAUGCCAGUCCUCUCUUAUGCCUAGGGCUGUGCCCUCUCCCUCACAGCAUGGCUGAACUCAGGCAGAUUCCUGGGGGGCGGGAAACACCACAGGGGGAGCUUAGGCCUGAGGUGGUAGAGGAUGAAGUCCCUAGGAGCCCAGUUGCUGAGGAGCCCGGAGGAGGUGGAAGUAAUAGCAGUGAAGCCAAAUUGUCCCCAAGAGAAGAAGAAGAACUGGAUCCUAGAAUACAGGAGGAGCUGGAGCAUCUGAACCAGGCCAGCGAGGAGAUCAACCAGGUGGAGCUGCAGCUGGAUGAGGCCAGGACCACCUACCGGAGGAUCCUGCAGGAGUCAGCGAGGAAGCUCAACACACAGGGCUCCCACCUAGGGAGCUGCAUUGAGAAGGCCCGGCCCUACUAUGAGGCUCGGCGACUGGCUAAGGAGGCCCAACAGGAGACACAGAAGGCAGCACUGCGGUAUGAGCGGGCUGUGAGCAUGCACAAUGCUGCCCGGGAGAUGGUGUUUGUGGCAGAGCAGGGUGUUAUGGCGGACAAGAACCGGCUCGACCCCACAUGGCAGGAGAUGCUCAACCACGCCACCUGCAAGGUGAACGAGGCAGAAGAGGAGCGGCUUCGUGGUGAGCGGGAGCACCAGCGGGUGACGCGGCUGUGCCAGCAGGCUGAGGCUCGGGUUCAGGCCCUGCAGAAGACCCUCCGGCGUGCCAUUGGCAAGAGCCGCCCCUACUUUGAGCUCAAAGCCCAGUUCAGCCAGAUUCUGGAGGAGCACAAGGCCAAGGUGACAGAGCUGGAGCAGCAGGUGGCCCAGGCCAAGACUCGUUACUCUGUCGCCCUGCGCAACCUGGAACAGAUCAGCGAACAGAUCCAUGCACGGCGCCGGGGCCAGUCACCUCACCCCCCAGGCCAGCGGCGCUCCUCCCCAGUGGGGGCUGAGGCUGGGCCUGAUGGUGGCGAGGAUGGGGACAGCGGGGUCAUUGAGGGGGCUGAGGGCGGGGUUCUGGAGGAGGGUGUCAGCCUGGGGCCUGGCCCUGCCCCUGACACGGACACACUGAGCCUGCUAAGCCUGCGCACUGUGGCUUCAGACCUGCAGAAGUGCGACUCUGUGGAGCACCUGAGGGGCCUCUCGGACCACACCAGUCUGGAUGGCCAGGAGCUGGGUCCUAGGAGUGGGAGCCGUGGGGGCCGCCACCAGCGCAGUAUCAGCCUGUAGCCCUGUGCUCAGGGAGGCUGGUGCGACUCUUACCAUCACUGGCCCGUUGAGGGCUCUGCAGGCUCCUAGCUCCCUCUCCUUGGGUCCUUGCUUCCCUCAGAGAGGUGGUCUCGUCUGAGUCUGUCCUGUCUGUCCUGGCUUUCUUACCCUGCCCUGCCCCUCGCAGGUGGCAGCUCUCUUUGCCUUACCCCUUCAGAAGGCUUGUCUUUGGCUCUCACAUCUCCCCUCCCCCAUGGGUUCCUCACAGUUUCUCUGAUACUCUUUGCUGUCUUCUUUCUGACUUCUUUCAUCUGUCUGGUUUUUCCCCUCAGGGAAAUUUGUCUAGAAGGCACAGGGAAGCCAUCAGAGAAGGUGGGCACUGGGCCUGGGUCCUGGCACCUUGUUUCCCCGGCUUGAGUAAAUGGACCAGGUGCCCCUCCCACCUGCCUGUCUCCUGAGUGGGCCCUAGGGUUGCUGCAGAGCCCUUCUGGCGGCCCAGCACCCUAGUCCUCUGUCCUGCCUGCCUGAGUGUAACAUAUAAGAUGCUCUGUGGGACUGUGUGCCUCUGGAAGACACCACCUGUCCCUUUAGUGCUCCCUUAUCAUGACCUAAGCCACUUUGCUAUGCGUGCCUCAACGCAGGACUUGAGGGAUACUGGUGUCAGGGAAGGUGAAACCCAAUCCCAGUGUCAACAAAGGGGACACCACCAACUCCAAAUAGGCUUCUGUGUACAUGGUGUUUCCCCAGCUGGGCUGGGUCCUUAAUGUUGCAAAGGUGCUAGAGGGUCCAUGUUGAGGGUGGUGAUGUAGUGAGGUCCUAAUGCUGAAGCCCUUACCAUUCCUGCUAUGGAAUUAGGUUUAUUUACUUUUUUCUGGGUAGAGGAUGCUGAACCAAAUCUCAGCAUCCUCCUGUAGGGCGGAGUUAGGGAAUUUGGUGCUCAAUUGCUCUCCCUCACUCUUCCCCAAACCAAACAGUACCUAGUCCAGGAUCCCUUGGGGGAUGCUCAGGUUUGGCUGCAGAGCCUCUGCUGCCAUGGGGAAGGAUUGGCCUGGGGCUGAGGGAAGCUGCCCUACAUAAGGAGCAGCUCUAAGUGUCUGGUGGUACUCCCAUGCUGUGUGGGGGGAAGGUAGGGAAGCCACACUGCAUCUGGGUGCCUUGGUAGAACCAAUCCUUCUGUCCUACCCCAGGAGGGCUGAGAGCUGGACUCUGGACAGGAGAGCUUGUGCCUAGGCCUGCGUGCUGCUGCCGUCACCUAGGGGAGGAUUGGGCCUUCAAGUGGAGGGUGUCUCCCUGUCUGUCCCAGGGUUGAGGCAGGAUGGUCAUGAUGAGAACCGCCAGGUUUGAGGUGGCCAUGGGUGGAGGGAAGAAAGGGGAGGACGCGGGUGUGGGUGCGUGCGUGCAUGUGCUUGUGUGUAUGUGGGAGAAGGGUCUACCCUUGACCUUAUUUAAAUAAAAUAGUUUAUGUAACAGUAA